GAUAUCACAAUCACAAGAGUUAGUACUAGCUAGUUUAGCUAGCUAGCUAGAUAGAUACAUUCAAUUAUAUAUCUGCCACUGCUCGCUAGCAUCACAGCUAAGUAUUUCACUCAACUGACACAGAGAUACAGUUGAUGAUGGAUGAGGAGGAUGACUGUCCGGAGCUAGUCCCCAUCGAACACAAACCCAGCUCACUUGGCGAGCAGAUACCGGUCACCAUAAUCACAGGCUACCUCGGAGCAGGGAAAACAACAUUGUUGAAUUACAUCCUGACUGAGCAACACAACAAGAGGAUCGCUGUCAUCCUCAACGAGUUUGGAGAAGGGAGCGCCCUGGAGAAGUCUCUGGCUGUGAGUCAAGCAGGAGAGCUGUAUGAGGAGUGGCUGGAGCUCAGGAAUGGCUGCCUGUGCUGCUCUGUCAAGGACAACGGCCUGAAAGCUAUAGAAAACCUCAUGGAGAAAAAAGGGAAGUUUGACUACAUCCUUCUAGAAACUACCGGACUAGCCGAUCCAGGUGCUGUGGCCUCCAUGUUCUGGGUUGAUGCUGAGCUGGGAAGUGACAUCUAUUUAGACGGUAUUGUCACUGUCAUCGACGCCAAGUAUGGAAUGCAGCAUCUAACAGAGGAGAAGCCAGAGGGACUAAUCAACGAAGCAGCCAGGCAGAUUGCCCUGGCUGACCUGACCAUCAUCAACAAGACUGACCUCGUCACCAAGGAGGAGUUGGAAAAGCUCAGAGAAAGCGUCAGGUCUAUCAAUGGCCUUGUUAAGAUCCUGGAGACUCAAAAGUCAAGGGUGGACCUCUCCCAAGUUCUAGACCUGCAUUCCUUCGACACCAAGGAUGGGGCUAAUCUGGCUGAGAAGCUGCAGCUGGUACAGACGACCAGCCCUCAUCUGGACAAGAGUAUUCUAACGGUCACAUUUGAAGUUCCUGGGAGUCUUUCUGAGGACGUCCUGAAUGUCUUCAUCCAGGACGUCUUGUGGGAGAAGACCCUGAAGAACCAGUCCGGACACGCCAUGAACGUCAUACGGCUAAAGGGAAUUGUGUCAGUGGCAGGUAAAGCUCACCAGGUGAUGCUCCAGGGAGUCCACGAGCUGUACGAGCUGGAGGAGACCCCCCAGCUGUGGGACGACGAGCCCAGGGUGAACCGCCUGGUCUUUAUAGGGAGGAACUUGGACCGAGAGAUCCUCAAGGAACACUUCAUAUGUACAGUGUUGCAGGGAGGGGGAAAGUAACUCCACCUGGACUCCAGUCUGCACCAGGACUGGACUGGAACUGAAUUUUCCAUGGACAGUUCCACUUGAAAUUGUGUGCUAGUCUGCCCUCCUUUCAAAUCACCUUGUCUGAGGAUCUGUGAUGCACUGUUACUGCUGCUUGCCAAAACCUCUACACAAGCACAUGUUGGACUUCAUGUUCCAGAUACAGUCUUAUAUGUUACCGGGCCAAUAACUGGUUUCUCAGGGGACUAAAUAAAUCAUUUCAGACGAUCUCAUAAAGCAGCCCCCCCCACACACACACACACACACUCACACACUCAUGCAUAAAGAAACCAUUGAAUAGACGUUUAAAUUGGUAAUUAUACUGUGUCCUUAAUGUCAUGUUCUGUGUAAAUAGUUAACAAUUGAAAUUGCCUUAAUCAACUCAGUCCCAUAAUAUUUAGCAAUUUUGUGCAACUAUAUUAGUAGGGCCUAAUGCUUCAAAGUAAAGCAGUUUUGGAUGUAAAAAUGAAGUGGUGGCAUUUAUCAUGAAUAUUAAACAUUAGAGUUUGAUUUGAGUUUGCUUUUCCCCAUUGUUAAAUUAUUUAAAUAAAUCAACGAUAUGUCAAA